GGGACAAAAUCGUCAAUGAAAGAUUAUAUAAACGUCACAACUGACAAGUUCCCAUGCUUACAGCUGCCUAGCCUUCAACGGCUAACGAAUUUGGUAGCAGUGGUACACUGCUUCACUACCCAUUUGUCAGAGAUGGGUCACCUCAUCUUCUCCAUCGUCGCCGUCCUCGUCGCCGUUACAAUACCAGUCAUUUACUCCUGCCCGCCGUCAGACCGGGCAGCACUUCUAGCCUUCAAAGCAGCAUUACAUGAACCAUACUUGGGCAUCUUCAACUCAUGGUCGGGCAAUGACUGUUGCCAAAACUGGUACGGCGUUAGCUGCGACCCUACAACUCGUCGUGUCGCCGACAUAAACCUCCGGGGAGAAUCCGAAGACCCCAUCUUCGAGAAAGCCGGUCGUUCUGGAUUCAUGACUGGUACAAUCUCUUCCUCCAUUUGCAAUCUCAUGUACCUAACCAACAUCGUCAUCGCCGACUGGAAAGGAAUCUCCAGUACUAUCCCCACCUGCAUCACCUCCAUCUCUUACCUCCGAAUCCUCGACCUCAUCGGAAACCGACUCACCGGUCAAAUUCCGUCCGACAUCGGAAGGCUUAAGAGACUCACCGUCCUCAACAUCGCCGAUAAUCAAAUCUCCGGAGGGAUUCCGUCAUCGAUAGUCAACCUUCCUAGCUUAAUGCACCUGGAUCUUCGCAAUAAUCGCAUCUCCAGUGAGAUCCCUAGCGACUUCGGGAAGCUCACGAUGCUGAGCAGAGCGUUACUGAGUCGGAAUCAGAUCUACGGACCGAUUCCGAGUUCGAUCUCGAACAUCUACCGACUCGCCGAUUUAGAUCUGUCGGAGAACCAGAUCUCCGGACAGAUUCCGGAGUCACUGGGGAGAGUACGGGUUCUGUCGACACUGAACCUAGACAGCAACCGAAUCUCCGGCCGGAUCCCGGCGAGUUUACUUGGAAGCUCGGGCAUAAGUAUACUAAACCUGAGCCGAAACUCGAUCGAAGGUUUCAUACCGGAUUCUUUCGGGAAGAGAUCGUACUUCACGACUCUUGACCUAUCGUACAACAAAUUGAGAGGUCAGAUACCAAAGUCGAUAUCGUCGGCGGCGUAUAUAGGUCACCUGGAUCUCAGCUACAACCAUCUCUGCGGCAAGAUUCCGGCGGGGUCACCGUUCGAUCAUCUUGAAGCGUCAUCGUUUGUUAGCAAUGAUUGCCUGUGUGGGGUUCCGCUCAAAGCUUGUUGAUGUUACGGCCGAUACGUUUCGCAGCGUAACGUAAACUACCUUAAAGCCACAGCCAUUAAGUUCUUCUGUAUUAAUUAAUUAAUUAAUGGAUAUUUAGUAAUUAAUUAAUUAAAGAAAUGCUUUAUUUUUAA